AUGUGUAGUGUUAGGUCAGCUACUCAUUCAGGUAGUUGGUAUACUUCAAAUGCAACAAAAUUGAAACAACAAUUAGAUACAUUAUUUAAAAAAGCUCAAAAUUUACAAUCUGGUGUUUCUACAAAUGAUUCAAAUUUGACGGAUGUUAAAGGAGCAAGAAUUUUAGUUGGACCUCAUGCUGGUUAUACAUAUUCUGGUGAAAGAUUAGCAGAGGCGUUUAACAGUUGGGAUAUUUCAAAAGUAAAACGAAUAUUUUUAUUAGGUCCAUCACAUCAUGUAUAUUUCAAAAAUUAUGCUUUACUAUCACCUUUUGAAGCUUAUGAAACUCCAUUGGGAAAUUUACCUGUGGAUAUAGAAACAUGUGAAUUACUUUCAAAUUUAACACUGAAAAAAAAUGGACUGGCUAUUUUCAAAUACAUGUCGGAAGAUAUAGAUGAAGAUGAACAUUCAUUUGAAAUGCAUGCUCCUUUUAUCUAUUACAAGGGAUCAAAAGCUCCAAAUGGAAUACCACUGAUUAUUCCAAUAUUGAUUAGUGGGAUGGAUGAUAAUUUACAAUCUGAAAUUGUUGAAUCAUUAUUACCUUUUGUUGAAAAUGAGGAAAAUCAUUUUAUUAUAAGUUCUGAUUUUUGCCAUUGGGGUUCAAGAUUUGGAUAUACUAAAUAUUUAACCAUAGAAGAAGAUGGAAAGCCAAAUCUACAAAAAUUAGACUCGCAAUUAUCUUCAAUUUCAUCAUUUGGUAAAUUUAAAAAAGGUGAUUUAGAAAUAUUUGAAAGUAUUGAAAUGUUGGACAAACUAGCCUUAAAGAUAGCAUCAUCCGGCUCAUCUUUAGACUGGAAGAAUUACAUUAAAACUAGUGGUAAUACAAUAUGUGGACAAAAACCAAUCAGUAUAAUUUUAAAAUUACUCGAAAGUUAUAAAUUGAAUAGUGAUCAAGUAUUUAAUUGGAUAGGUUAUUCGCAAAGUAAUCCAGUUAAGAGAUCAAAUGAAAGUAGUGUAUCGUAUGCAUCUGGUUACGUUAAAUUAUGAACUUAUGAAAUAUACAGUAUAAAUCUUUAAAUCUCGUUUCACAUCUGGGACCAGGUAUUUUUUUUCUCAACCGAACCACCCCAAAUAAUUAAUACCGACUUUUCAACAUUUUUCAACAUGAGUGAUGGUAAACUAUUUUCAAAAUGCAAGAGUACUGAACUACGAGCAGAAUUAGAAUUGGCAUUUAAGAAAUCAAAACCAAAUAGUAAAAUCAAGGUGGUGUUACAUAAAGUAAUUGCAAAUAUAAUAUUGAACAAUCAUGAAUUGGUUCAUUUGAUGAAGGAUAUUAUAUCAUUAUUGAAAAUAGAUGACAUCGAGAUCCGAAAAUUAUGUUUUGAAUAUGUGAUAAAUUAUGGAAUGAAUUCAAAUGAAGUAACGGAAGUAAUACCUUAUCUCAAUCGAUUCAAAAAUGAUUCAAAUCCAAUAUUAAGAUCAUUAACUUUGAAAGCGGCCACAUCUAUAAACAAACCAGAUUUUAAUAACCUAUCUGUCCAAUUGAUAAAAUCGGCAUUUCAAGAUCCUGAUCCAUAUCUUAGGAAAACUGCAGCAUAUUCGGUAUCUAGAUUAUUUCAACAUGAUCCAAUAAUGACUGAACAAGAAAAUUUAGUAGAGGAAUUAAAUCAAUUGUUAUACGAUGAUUCACCAUUAGUUAUAUCCAAUGCAUUAGCUUCAUUGAAUUACAUAACUGAGAAUAGUCGUAAAUUUGACCUAGUGAUUAAUAAAAAUCAUACACUUAAAUUAAUUUCAUUAUUAUUGACAGCUAACGAAUGGCAACAAACUUAUUUGAUAAAUAGUUUAAUGUCAUAUAUCCCACAAGAUGAUGAAGAAUCACUAAAUUUAAUAGAGCAUAUUUUACCAGGAUUACAACAUGAAAAUUCUUCAGUUGUUCUAAAUUCAAUUAAGGUUAUUGUUUAUUUUUGCAAUUAUUGUAAAUCUCCAGAGUUAAGAAUUCCAAUACUUUCAAAAAGAUUAGGAACAUCAUUGUGCGCAUUGUUAUCCAAAGAUUCAGAAAUACAAUUCCUCGUACUUCGAAAUGUGAUAUUAUUAUUACUUGGUCAAAAGAAUAUUGUACAUUUUGACGUGGAAAUGUUUUAUUGUAAGUUUGAUGAUCCAAUAUAUAUAAAAGAUACAAAAUUAGAAAUCAUUUAUUUAUUAGCAAAUCAACAAAAUGUAUCAUCUGUGUUGUUGGAAUUAGAAGAAUAUGCUACUGAAGUAGAUAUCUCAAUGGCUCGAAAAGCAAUAAGAGCAUUUGGUAAUUUGGCAGUCAAAUUAGAAAAUGCAGCUGAAUCAUGUGUUGAAAUUCUUUGUGAUUUAAUAUCUAAUGGUAUUUCAUAUAUUGUUCAAGAAUCAGCAAUAGUUUUAAAAAAUAUAUUAAGGAAAUAUCCAGGUCAAUUUAAUUAUGCAAUUGAGGAAAUUAUAAAACAAUAUAAGUUAAUAGAUGAACCUGAUGCAAAAACGGCAAUUAUAUGGAUUAUAGGACAAUGUUCAGAAAUAAUUGCUGAUUCAAAAUUAAUCUUAUCUGAACUCAUAGCAAAUUUUAAAGAUGAUCCAAUAGAGGUACAAUUGUCAAUUAUUACAGCAACGACUAAAAUGUAUUUAAAGAAUCCAAUUGAGAGUGAAAAUAUAUUAAAUGUAUUAAAAAUAGCCACCGAAGAAGUUGAUAAUCCAGAUAUUAGGGAUCGUGGAUUCAUGUAUUGGAGAUUAUUAUCAAGUGAACACUCAAGUGAAAAUGAUGAAUUUCAAUCAAAUACCAAGAAAAUUGUAUUGAAUGAUAAUCCAAUAAUAACAAGCGAAAAUGAUAAUAUCAAUCCUCAGAUCCUUGAAGAAUUGGAAUUGAAUAUUGGAACAUUAGCUUCAAUUUAUCUUAAGCCUGUUCUGGUUGUUUUCAGACUAGCUAAACAUAAACAAUUACCAAAGAGUCCAGCAUUACAAAGAAAUAAAAAUGAAAGUAAGAGUACAAGUAGUAAUAAUUCAAAUUUAAGCUUACCUCAAGGUAUUUCAAGAUCUGCAUCUCCUCAUAAAGAGGUAAUAAAUAGAAGAAUGUCAGCUUCUCCAAAUAAAGAAGUUUUGAAUCGAAGAAUGUCAUACCGUAGAUCAAGAUCAAAUAGUGAUCAAAUUUCAAAUCAAUCAAGUUUUGAGCCAAAAAAGGAAAAGGAGAAUUUUACAAAGGAAUUUACAAGAAAGGCUUUAAUAUUUACUAAUAAACUAGCAAAUAAAUAA